CGCUUUUUCCCUCGCAUAAGGCUUUCUUUUUAUAUCUCCCCGGGACUGUCAUGUCUAAGACAUUUCUCUGGCCGGUAUAUCCGAUUGCUCGGAGCCAGGUUCGCACAGGCAAGAAGUCUUGGUACUGACGCCAUCCCGUGAGCGAUGGAGACCUUUUUUUGUGGUGCGCCCCGUUUUAAGCACCUGAGUUUCUGCUGCGGAGGGAAGCGCGCGAUUCAUUUGCUCAGAAAUUUCGUUACUUCAUCCAGCAGUUAUUGGAUGAUCGUCAUCUUAGUUGCUUUUCUGCUCGAAUUUCCGCCGUUGAACAGUUUAUCGCCGCGGUUCUGCGAUUCAGCGCUCCUCUUUCAGUUGCCCUAUGGAGUAACCUGAUUAAUUUUAGUUAUUGAUUUUUUUUUAAUUCCAAGAACCCAAGAA